AUGCCGUGGCCACUUCAUUUAGGUCUUGAUGCAUCACGUUCGCCUCGUGCUCUUAAAAUUUGGUUUACUUUAAAAGAACGUGGGACAAUCAAAUUAGGACAAAAAAUUGCGGGAAAAUGUCAACAAGCUCAAUAUUUAGCAUCACUUGUAGUAAAAUAUGGUGAUGAGGGUAAAAAGAGUCCACAAGUAUCAGCUAUUGGUUUUGGUUUAAUGGAUUUAUUAGAACUUUCAGAAACAACUCGUUCUGACGAAGAACGUAUCAAAAGUCUUCAUUGA